UCUUGCUGUCCUCUCCUUGUCCUCUUGUCCUCUUGCUGUCCUCUUGUUGUUCAGUGUGUGUGUGGACCGCAGCAGCAGAGCUGGGAGUGUCUUCAGGUUGUGAUGGGCGUCCCCUCCUCUCUCAAACAUCCCAUUCAUUAAAGAAAGUUUACAGCCUGCACACACACACACACACACACACACACACACACACACACACAGACACCGACCUGCUCGACUCACAGAAGAACUGGACUGACAGACCUGAGAGCUUCUAUGGAACAGAACCAGAACCAGGAGGCGGAGGAGAGCCCGUACCUGUGUUUCCAGAGGACGCCGUCUCUCAGACGGAAGUGGAGGAAACGUUAUGGCGGUCUGGACGGGAACAAACUGCUGGAGCCCAAUAAAGAUCCAGACAUGAAAGAUGAUGGAGGGAUGACAGACGAGAGCCAGCACAGGAACCUGAAGCAGGAGACAGCCCCCCGUCCAGCUCCCAGGAGCCUGAUCCAGAACCAGGUCCAGAGUCCGGUCCAGAAGCCCAUCAGCCACGUCAGUCCUGGACCGGCAGUGGUCGCAGUGUCGGCCAGUAACGGCUGCCUGAAGCCUCCCCUCCCUCAGGCGGUGGUCCAGCCGGAGGACAGAGGCUUCUCCCCGACCCAGCCCUGGUUCUCCCCCCAGCAGAGUGCGUCCAAACGCAGAGCGGCGGCUGAUGUUCUGUUCGACAGCUUCGCUUCAGACGGAAGAAUUAACGUGAACCAGUUCUUCGAGGCCAUCUGGAGCUCCGGUCUGCACAGGUCCGACCCUCGGCUCAGAGAGUGUUUCUUCCACCUGAGAAAACUGCAGGACGCCGAGGGAUCGGUGGACAGAAACACCUUCCACAGGUGUGUCACAGGAUUCGUCUCUCUGAUCCUGAAAGCUCUGCAGGGACGAUUUGUCAUCCCAGAUUUUUCCACCUUCACUGAAGAGACUCAGAAAUUGUUUUCGAGGUGUCGUCAGCUGUCGUCUGUUCAGGAGAAGGAAAAGGAGAGCAUGGGCAGCACCAAGUGGGGCGUCUCAAUCUGCACGGUGGACGGACAGAGGUUGUCUCUGGGCGACUGGGCCGGCUCUCUGGUUCUGGGUGAGGUGUCAUGGCCGCUGGUGUACGGCGUGGCGGUGGACCUGCUGGGUUCUGACCUCGUCCACAGAUACGUUGGCAUGGAAGGUUACUCGAGACACGACUCUCCGUUCACACUCACUAAAACAGGAAUCCCUCACAGCCCGCUCACUGAGACAGGAGCCAUCGUCACAACAUCUUUACUGCAGCUGGCAGGCAGACUGAGUGCAGAGGAAGAGGACAAGUAUGAUUCAGUGCUGAACGUCAUCCGGAGGCUCAGCAACAAGGAGCACGCCAACUUAAACUGCAGCAGUUAUCAGAGCAGCAGGAAGGCCAGCGUCAGACUCCACGCUCUGUCCUUCUACCUGCAGGAGACAAAGUGUUUUCCAGAGAAGGCUGACAUUAACGCUGCUUUGGAUCUGGUGCUGCAGUGCGCCUCAACAGAGAUCACCUGUGAAUCAGGAGCUGCCAUGGCUGCUUCGUUAGCCAAUGGGGGCCUCUGUCCGCUGUCAGGUGACCAGGUGCUGUCGCCAGCGGCAACGCGGAGCAUGCUGUCCAUGAUGCAGGUGGCAGGGAUGAAGGAUUACUCCACGACUUUCCACUACAAGACAUCGACACCGGCCGUGUCCAGCAGCCACGGCUCACUGCUGGCAGUGGUUCCGGGGGUUUUGGGUCUGAUGGCGUUCUCACCUGAAUUAGACGCCUGUGGAAACCCGUGGAGGGCCGUCCACUUCUGCCAGGAGCUCAUAUCGACGUUUCAGCUGCACAGUUUUGACAUCAGGACUCCCUUCAGGCAGAUUCUGGCCUACAGACAGUGGAAGGCUGAGUCUGAGGGUUACCAGAUCAUGAACGUCCUGCUGGCAGCUUUCAAAGGAGACGUCCAGGCCCUGAGGAGGUACUUCCUGUCUGGAGUGGACGUUAACGCCAUCGACUAUGACGGCAGGUCGGCUCUGCACGUGGCGGCGGCUGAAGGUCACACAGAGGUCAUCCGCUUCCUGUUGGAGAACGCUGGAGCGAACAGCGCCCUGAAGGACAGGUGGGGGAGCUCUCCUCUGCAGGAGGCAAGGAGACACAAUAAAGAAGCUGCAGUCCAGCUGCUGCAGGGAGUCAUGUGACCUCACACACACCUUGAAUCUGACCUCUGACCUGUGAAAAAAAGUAAUCUGCUUAACUUUGAUGAAUCCUCUUCAGGUGUGUGACACAUGGAGGAGGUGGUCCAGGUUUAAAGGUCUAAAUGUUUGGAGGCGGGUUCAUCAUUAAAUAAUUCAUUCAUCCUCAUUAAUCUUCAUUAGUCCUCGUUUCUGUCUGAAGCUGAAGCUCCUGACGUUUGGUCCAGUUGGCCCGACUCAAGUGAAUCAUUAAUAUUCUGAUCACAUCAGCUGCUUUUCUAUGGACGAGGACUCGCUGCAGUCGGCUGCAGACUUUUUAAUAAAGCAGCUUUUUGUU